GUCUGAACUCAGUUCUGCUCGAGCUUCGGUCAGAGUCGGAAGCAAAUCCCAAGACGCAUUCGAAAGCACUCAGAUAACCUUAUCAAGGCGAAACGGAAGCCAGCAAAGGCAAAAUGCGGUUGCCAUUUGUGGGAGUAUUGCUAAUCCUUCUGCUCUCCGUGACCUUCGGAAUCGGCCAUUCCAGCUAUGAACUGGCUACCAAGCAGAUACUUGAUAGAGCCAAAGACCGCAUGCGCCACGUGUGGAGUCUGAACCGCAGGAUCUUUGUGCAGCUCACGGCCAAGGGAAAGUCACCGCUGGGCGGACAGGUUCUGAACUCCAAGCUGGAGGUCGAGGCGGAGACCUAUCGACUAUUUUACGACUUAGCGGGCAAUCUCAGCGUUGUGUCAGUGGCUGAAUUGGAUGACCCACUUCUUCGUAGGCGCGUGCAGCGAAUGGCCAAGUUGCAGCUGCAGGGCCUGCGGCCAAAGGACUACGAGCAGGCCAAGGACCUUCUACGUCAGAUUCAUAACUUUGUCAACGGACCCCUGGUCUGCCCCUACGAGGACUGCUCCGCCCGUGGUUCGCUGGCCAUGUACCCGCAGAUCAUGAACAAAAACAUGCACACCAAGCUAUACGAGGAUCUGGUCAUCAACUGGAAGGCCUGGCGCAGGGCCAUAAACGAGAAGGACGUGGCCAAGAACACGUUCAUCGGCUACGUUCGGCUUCUCCGGAUCGCUGCCACCUACAACGGACAUGUGACGCCCUCGCGCACAUGGUACCUCAACUACGACACGGAGAACUUUCAAGCUGAAAUGGAGGCGGUCGUGUGGGAGAUAAUGCCGCUCUACCGGGAACUGCACGCCUAUUUGCGUCGCGAGGUGCAAGCUGCCUACCCAAAGGCGGACACAAAGAGCGAUGGCGCCAUCUCCGCUCCCAUUAUGGACCAGAUCCUGUCGCAGGACUGGUACCCUCACCAGUUCUUUCGCACACCGCACCAGGGCAGACAGCACCAGUUGCCCUCCGUUCAUCGGCGCCUGGAGGAGGUCCUGGUAACGCCCGUCAAAAUCAACCGCAAAGCUGCCGAGUUUUUUGAAUCGUUGGGCUUAAUGGUGAUGCCAAAUAUCUUUUACGACCGCUUUUCCCGCCGGAUGAACGACGAGGAGGGCGGAGCUGAGUGCAAGUCGCAGGUAUAUUACUUUCCGCCGGAUGUGGCGCUGCGCUACUGCCCCAAACUAGACUACAAGAAGAUGAUGCAGAUUCACGGAACGAUGGCUGAACUGCAGUACCACCUCUACAAGAUGCAACUGCCCUUUGGUCUCGACACGGAGCCGUGUCCUGGAUUUGGAGCUGCCAUAGCGGAAACAGUUAUCCUGGCUUCAGGCACUCCACGCCACCUGCACCGUCUCCACAUCCUGUUGAACGACAGUCUUACGGAGGAGCAGUCCCUUAACCGCCUGUUUCGCAUGGGUGUGCACACCUUGAUCGCCGUGCCCCAGUACUUCAUCAAUGACAAAUUCCUCGUGGACGUUAUGGACGGGCGGAUCGGGGUUAAGGACUAUAACUGCGCUUACUGGGGCCUCCAGGACAAAUUCGCCGGAGUCCAGCCACCAUUACAACGUCUUAACAAGGACUUUGAUGUGGAUUUCAAGUUCUAUCGAGGACUAAAUCCGGAAACCUCCAAUACCAAAAAAUUCCUGGCCGAGAUCCUGGGCUUCCAGUUCUACCGUUCCUUUUGCCUGGCAAGUGGACAGUACAAGCCCGGUGAUCCCAAUUUCCCACUCCACAAUUGCGAUUUCUACGACAGCAAAGAAGCAGGCAAAAAGAUUCGCGACAUGAUGCAGCUGGGAGCCACUCGACAUUGGCGGGAUGUCAUGGAGAUAGCCACCGGUGAACGAAAGUUGAGCGGACGCGGUAUCCUUGAAUACUUUGCCCCACUCUUCACGUGGCUGAAGGAGCGCAACAAGCAACUGGACAUCGAGCCGGGCUGGGAUGCAGAUGAAUUGUGUCGGAGGGACUAAGAUACCACGUACAACACGCAUUUAUCUACCGGUAUAAAACUAUAAACCAAUUUCCUAAGAAGAAAUAUAAUUGAACAUAAACAAUCAA